GCACCUGCGCGCAUCGUAACGCAGCCCAUUCCCAUUCAUUCGUCCGGUGGCGCCGCCUUCCAAAUCCACCCUCUAAGUCACCGGCGACACAUUCAAACUUCUUCAUCACAAUCCACCAAGAAAUGCCAGCGGCCUCAAUCCACGAAUCUCCGCUUCCGCCGUCGGAUUCCAUGUUGGUAUCCCUUCCUAAUUUCUCCUCCCCUAACCAAUGACCCUCUCCAAUUUCAAUACCCUCCGUUACCUCUCUCGCCGCACCCUCGCUUUCGCCGCCGCCGCCGCCGCCCGUCCAGACACCACCUUCUGGACCAGUGCUCCUCUUGUUAAGGUCUCCUCCGCCGCUGAAUCGUUGUUUCAUAUCACCGUCGACGUCUCGGCGUCCCCCGAGCUUGCAGGCUCUUAUACCCAAGCCGGCCAGUAUUUACAGCUCCGUGUUCGUGAUCCUAACUCCAGACCUUCGUUUUUCGCCAUCGCUUCGCCGCCGGCAGCCGCGGUGUCGAGAGGUAUUUUUGAAUUUUUGGUGAAAUCGGUUCCAGGAUCCACUGCGGAGCGUUUGUGUGUGCUACAGAAAGGCGAUGUUGUGGAAUUGAGUUCGGUCAUGGGCAAGGGUUUCGAGAUUGAUCGAAUUUCGCCGCCUGAUAAAUACCAGACCGUGCUUAUUUUCGCCACAGGAUCUGGAAUCAGCCCAAUUAGGUCUUUAAUUGAGGCAGGCUUUGGUGCUGAUAAGAGAUCAGAUGUCAGGCUUUAUUAUGGUGCUCGAAACCUUCUUAGAAUGGCCUAUCAGGACAGAUUUAAACACUGGAAAUCUUCCGGGGUAGAUAUCGUGCCGGUGCUGUCUAAGCCAGACUACACUUGGACAGGCGAGCGAGGCUAUGUGCAGGCUGCUUUUGCUAGAGCGAAGAGAGUCUUUAACCCUCAAUCUACUGGUGCCAUUCUCUGUGGCCAACGACAAAUGGCUGAGGAGGUAACUUCUCUUCUUGUAUCCAAUGGAGUGUCGAGGGAGAAAAUUUUGAAGAACUUCUGACAGUCGCGGUCACAAGUUUAAACAUGUUACACAUAACUUUUAUGCUAGCAGUCUACAUUCAUUUUGCUCCUUCUGGUCCACAAGGAUCAUGCUAAAUUAUAGAAUAAGAUCGAUUUUAUCACGCAGAUAGAGACGCAUGCUUGCAAAGAUUCCAUGGGCGCGCGGCGCGCAUUGUUGUGGGUAAAGAUGUAUUAUUAGUGUAGAAAAUAUAUAUAUAUAUAUAUUUGAUUGGGGAUAUCCUAUCCUACAAGGGAACACUUCAUGUUGUAUUUAUUUUAAAGUAAUUCUCUUAUUUGGUAUAAGUUGCUGUAUUUGCUUCAACAUUUUCACUAAAAUGUUUUCUACCCCUUCCAUAUUCUGCAUUUGUUUUCAGCCUCAGCCUCAGCUACAAACAUUAUGAUUGUAAGAAUGUGAAUAGUAUGUUUACUU